ACCACUUUGCUCCAUUACACUUCCACACAUCAAACAUUCAUAGCAAUAAAAACUUACCUAUCAUUUGCUUCUUUGCAAAAGCAGCAAAAUAUUAAGAAGAUGAAGCAAAUUAUCUUCUUUUCAGUCCUAGUACUAUUUGCUCAUAUAUUUUUUACCGCUACUACUUUAGCUCAGUCACCUGCUGCAGCGCCUAAAGCCGCUGUGAAACCUGCCCCCGCCAUACCAGCUCCCGCAACAGCACCGGCAAAACCAUUAGUCCCUUCGUUACCUCAAUCACCCUCAUCUGACUCUUCUUCCGGUCAAGACAUCAUCAAAAUUCUAAGGAAAGCGAAAUCAUUCAACACACUAAUCCGCCUGCUCAAAACCACACAAAUUAUCAACCAAAUCAACGCACAGCUGGUGACAACAAAGUCCGGCGGUUUGACCAUUCUUGCGCCCGACGAUGGUGCCUUUUCGCAACUAAAACCCGGAUACUUCAAUUCGCUCGGCGAACGCCAACAGAAACAACUGAUACAGUUUCAUGUUCUUCCUGUUUAUGUAUCAAGCUCAAAUUUUGAUUCACUUAGCAACCCUGUGCUUUCACUAGCCAGUGAUAGCCCUACUGGUUAUCAAAUGAAUGUGACUGCUUAUGGAAACAGUGUGAAUAUUUCAACUGGUGUGGUGAAUGCUACACUCACAGGAAUUGUUUACUCUGAUAAAACACUUGCUAUAUAUCAUGUGGAUAAAGUGCUUGUUCCUUUGGACUUCUCUAAGCCUAAGGCUAUAGCUCCUGCUCCUACUGUGGCAAAGGCACCUAAAGCUGGUAAAGAUUCAUCUUCAGAUGAUGAUCAAGGAGAGACAAACAAGGCUACUUCUGGUGCCAUCAAAAAAAUUAGCUUUCAAGGAACAAUGUUUGUGUCCCUUUUUGUUGGUUUAGUUGCAACAUUAACCAUCUUCAGUUGAUGAAGUGAAGACCAACCUAUUUGAAGGUUGUUAUGUUUUUUUUUUUUAAUUUCUCUUGUGCUUGUGCUCUUUCUUUCUUGGUUUUAUUUUGGAUUGUAAUGCUCAUGGGAAGAGUGUUGCUCUAGAGUUUGUGAAGUGUGUACUUCUUGCCUGAUUAAUUUUCUUCAAGUAAAUAUAAAAAUAUUGAUUGUUUUGGUGAAAGAAAGCUGAAAUUUUUGAAUA